AUGUCAGAAAGAAAACCAAAAGAAGAUGCCAGAUUUGCUGGUGUAUUUACCGAUCCAAAAUUCAGAAGAAGUAAAAAGGAUUCAUUAAAGGUAAAGCUAGAUAAUAGAUUUAGUAAAAAAGAUUUACAAGUCAAUUAUAAAUCUAAAGUGGAUAGAUAUGGUAGAAAAAUAAUAGAUAGAAACGAAAAAGAUAAGAAGGACUUUGAUAAAUAUUAUACAAAAGAUGAGGACGAAGAAAAUAAGGAUGAAGAGCAAGACAAAUCUGAUCAAGAAGAAGAAUCUGAGGAGGAGGACGUUGAUGAGAAAGCUGAUGAUGAUGAGGACGUUUUAGCAGAAUUAGCAAGAUUAGAUCGUGCCCGUGGUGAUGUUCCAAGUGAUUAUGUCAGUUCUUCAGAUGAUUAUAGUUCCUCUGAAUCUGAAAGCUCUGGCGAGAGUGAAGUUGAUAGUGACGAAGAAUCGGAUGCGGAAAUUGAAUCAGCAAAACCAGAAACUGGUGACCCAUCUAAAACUGUUGCAGUUGUGAAUUUGGAUUGGGAUCACGUUAAAUCUACUGAUUUGAUGAUCACUUUUUCAGGGUUCAUUCCAAAAGGUGGUAAAAUUAAUAAAAUUGCUAUUUAUCCAAGUGAAUUUGGUAAAGAAAGGAUGCAGAGAGAAGAAAUUGAAGGUCCUCCAAAAGAACUUUUCAAGAAAAAGAAUAAAAAGGGUAAAAAGUCUACCGCUGAGGAUAAUGAAGAUGACGUUUCUGAUGUAGAUAUCAAUGACUUGUAUGAAGAAGGUGACGCCGAUAAAAAUAUAGAUUCAAAAUCUUUACGUCAAUAUCAGUUGGAAAGAUUAAGAUAUUAUUAUGCCGUUGUCUACUGUAACAAUAUUGGAACUGCUGAAUCUAUUUAUAAAAACUGCGAUGGUACUGAAUAUGAAUCAACUGCAAAUGUUUUUGAUAUUAGAUAUGUACCUGAUGAAAUGACUUUUGAUGAUACUCCAAGAGAUGAAUGUGAUCAAUUACCAAAAAACUAUAAACCAUUGCAAUUUAGUACAGAUGCUCUACAACAUUCAAAUGUUAAAUUAACUUGGGAUGAAACUCCGGCUGAUAGAGUUGAAAUAUCAAAAAGAGCUUUUAGUCAGAAGGAGAUUGAUGAAAUGGAUUUUAAAGCUUAUUUAGCUUCUGAUAGUGAUGAAUCUGAAUCUGAAUUAAAUAAUGAUUCUAAAAAUAAAUUGAAGUCAUUAGUUGGUGGUGGUGCAUUUGGUAAUGUCUUUGGGAAAGAUACUGAAUAUGAUCUUGAUGGAAGUGAUGAUGAAGAUGGUGUUGAUAUGGAAAUCACUUUUACUCCAGGUCUUGACGAAAAGAAGGAAGCAUCAGAUAAUGAAACUAAGAAAGAAGAAAGUACAAUUGAAAAAUUACAACGUAAAGAAAAGGAACGUCGUAAAUUGAGAAAACAAAAGGUUAAAGAUUUGAAAGAAAAAAGCGUUCAAGAAAGAAAGGAAAAAUUAAAUUCAAAUAGAAAUAGAAAUAAAAAGAAUAAUAAUGAAUUAUUAAAGGAUGAAAAGGAAAAACAAGAUAAGUCCAAGGCAGAAUUAGAAUUAUUGAUGAUGGAUGAAGAUGAUAGGAUAAGUGGUGUUAAUAAUAAAGCACAUUUCAAUAUGAAUGAGAUUUUGAGAUCAGAAAAGGAAAAAGGUAAAAAAUCAAAAUACCAAGAUAAAAAUAAGAUUGUCCAAGAUGAAUUUAAACCUAAUUUGAACGAUUCCAGAUUUGAUGAAAUUUUUGAAGACCAUGCUUUCGCAAUUGAUCCAACACAACCAGAAUUUAAACAAACUAGUGCAAUGAAAGAGAUUUUAAAUGAACGUACUAAGCGUGCUUCGAAAAAACAAAAUAAGGAUAAAGAUAAUAAGAAAAGAAAAAAUACUAAUGAGGACAAAUCUGAUAUUUCUAAUAUCGUAAAUAAAUUAAAGAAAAAAAUAAAAAACAAAAGAAAUAAUUUUUAG